GCGCCCGGCCUCGGCCAUUCUUUCCGGCGCGUGCAGAACUGUCCUGGUUCCCGGUGUGGAGGCGGACGCAUGGAUCCCGGCAGCCGGUGGCGGAACCUGCCCAGUGGGCCCAGCCUAAAGCACUUGACCGACCCCUCUUACGGGAUCCCGCGGGAACAGCAAAAGCCAGCGUUGCAGGACCUAACGCGGGCGCACGUCGAGUCCUUCAACUACGCUGUGCGCGAGGGGCUGAGCCACGCGGUGCAGGCGAUACCUCCCUUUGAAUUUGCUUUCAAAGAUGAGCGUAUCUCUCUUACGAUUGUGGAUGCUGUCAUCAGUCCACCCACAGUUCCGAAGGGGAGCAUCUGCAAAGAGCUCAACGUUUAUCCAGCAGAAUGCCGGGGCCGGAGGAGCACCUACCGGGGAAAGCUGACCGCCGACAUCAGCUGGGCAGUGAAUGGAAUCUCAAAAGGAACCAUUAAACAGUUCCUUGGCCAUGUUCCCAUCAUGGUGAAAUCCAGGCUUUGCAACUUAUACAGCCUUCCUCCAAAAGCCCUCAUUGAGCACCACGAGGAAGCAGAGGAAAUGGGAGGCUAUUUUAUAAUCAAUGGCAUUGAAAAAGUCAUCCGAAUGUUAAUUAUGCCUCGCCGAAAUUUCCCCAUUGCAAUGGUCAGACCGAAAUGGAAAACCAGAGGACCUGGCUAUACUCAGUAUGGAGUUUCAGUGCACUGUGUGAGGGAAGAGCAUUCCGCCGUCAACAUGAACCUUCACUACUUGGAAAACGGCACAGUUAUGUUGAACUUUAUUUACCGGAAAGAGCUGUUCUUCCUUCCUCUGGGAUUUGCGCUUAAGGCACUUGUCAACUUUUCCGAUUAUCAGAUUUUUCAGGAGCUUAUCAAAGGAAAGGAGGAUGACUCUUUCUUUAGGAACUCAGUAUCCCAGAUGUUAAGGAUUGUAAUGGAAGAGGGAUGCUGCACACAAAAACAGGUCCUUAACUACCUGGGUGAACGCUUCAGAGUGAAGCUCAGUGUUCCUGACUGGUACCCAAAUGAACAAGCUGCCGAGUUUCUGUUUGACCAGUGCAUCUGUAUCCACUUGAAAUCCAACACUGAAAAGUUCUACAUGCUUUGUCUCAUGACCCGGAAGCUCUUUGCUUUAGCCAAAGGGGAGUGCGUGGAGGAGAAUCCGGACAGCUUAGUGAAUCAAGAAGUCCUGACACCCGGUCAGCUCUUCCUCAUGUUUCUGAAGGAAAAAUUGGAAGCUUGGUUAGUAUCUGUUAAAACAGCCAUAGAUAAGAAGUCUCAGAAGACCAAUGUGUCCUUGAACACGGAAAAUCUCAUGAAGAUUUUUACUAUGGGAACAGACCUUACAAAACCAUUUGAAUAUCUUCUUGCUACUGGGAAUCUGCGUUCUAAAACGGGUCUUGGCUUCCUGCAAGAUUCUGGACUUUGCGUUGUGGCCGACAAGCUGAACUUCAUACGCUAUCUCUCCCACUUCCGCUGCGUGCACAGAGGGGCUGAUUUUGCCAAGAUGAGGACCACCACAGUCCGCAGGCUGCUGCCCGAGUCCUGGGGUUUCCUUUGCCCCGUGCACACCCCCGACGGGGAGCCCUGUGGUCUGAUGAACCACCUGAGCGCCACGUGUGAGGUCGUCACUCAGUUUGCGUACACAGCGUCUGUUCCGGCCCUGCUCUGCAGCCUGGGGGUCACUCCAGUUGACGGAGCGCCACAUCGACCAUACAGCGAGUGCUACCCUGUGCUGCUGGACGGGGUCAUGGUUGGCUGGGUGGACAAGGAGCUGGCUCCUGGCAUCGCCGAUUCUCUCCGACAUUUUAAGGUGUUGAGAGAAAAAAGAAUUCCCCCCUGGAUGGAGGUGGCCCUUAUCCCCAUGACAGGAAAACCAAGUCUCUACCCAGGAUUGUACCUUUUUACCACCCCGUGUAGACUGGUGCGGCCUGUGCAGAAUUUGGAAUUAGGCAAAGAAGAGCUGAUUGGAACUAUGGAACAGAUCUUUAUGAACAUUGCCAUCUUUGAGGAUGAGGUCCUGCCUGGAGUUACCACCCACCAGGAGCUCUUCCCUCACAGCCUGCUGAGCGUGAUCGCCAACUUCAUCCCUUUCUCCGAUCACAACCAGAGUCCGAGAAACAUGUACCAGUGCCAGAUGGGUAAGCAGACGAUGGGCUUUCCCCUUCUCACUUUUCAAGACCGAUCAGAUAACAAACUGUACCGUCUCCAGACUCCACAGAGCCCUUUAGUGAGACCAUACAUGUACGAUUAUUACGACAUGGAUAACUACCCAAUCGGGACCAAUGCCAUUGUUGCUGUCAUUUCUUACACUGGCUAUGACAUGGAAGACGCCAUGAUUGUGAAUAAGGCCUCUUGGGAGCGAGGCUUUGCCCAUGGAAGUGUCUACAAGUCCGAGUUCAUAGAUCUGUCUGAGAAAAUUAAGCAAGGAGAUGAUAGUCUGGUGUUUGGAGUCAAACCCGGUGACCCACGGACCCUGCAUAAGCUGGAUGGCGAUGGCCUGCCGUUUAUUGGAGCACAGCUGCAGUGCGGAGACCCGUACUACAGCUACGUCAACCUCAACACCGGGGAGAGCUUCGUGACCUACUAUAAGAGUAAAGAGAAUUGUAUUGUGGAUAACAUCAAAGUGUGCAGUAAUGACACCGGAAGUGGCAGGUUCAAGUGCAUUUGCAUCACGAUGAGAAUCCCUCGGAACCCAACUAUCGGGGAUAAGUUUGCCAGUCGUCAUGGGCAGAAGGGCAUCUUGAGCAGACUGUGGCCCGUGGAGGACAUGCCGUUCACUGAGAGCGGGAUGGUCCCAGACAUUCUGUUCAACCCCCACGGGUUUCCAUCCCGCAUGACCAUCGGUAUGCUGAUCGAGAGUAUGGCAGGGAAGUCGGCGGCUUUGCACGGCCUCUGCCACGAUGCCACACCCUUCACCUUCUCCGAGGAGAACUCUGCCCUGGAACACUUCGGGGAGAUGCUGAAGGCUGCCGGCUACAACUUCUAUGGCACCGAGAGGCUGUACAGUGGCAUCAGUGGGCUGGAGCUGGAGGCAGACAUUUUCAUAGGCGUGGUCUAUUACCAGCGCCUACGCCACAUGGUCUCAGACAAAUUCCAAGUGAGAACAACAGGAGCCAGAGACAAAGUCACCAACCAGCCCAUUGGGGGAAGGAACGUCCAGGGUGGAAUCCGUUUUGGGGAGAUGGAGCGGGAUGCCCUUUUAGCACACGGUACAUCUUUCCUCCUUCACGACCGCCUCUUCAACUGCUCAGAUCGCUCAGUAGCGCACGUGUGUGUGCAGUGUGGUAGCUUACUCUCCCCGCUCCUGGAGAAGCCCCCUCCGUCUUGGUCGGCCCUGCGCAACAGGAAGUACAGCUGUACCCUGUGUAACCGCAGCGACACCAUCGACACGGUUUCUGUGCCUUACGUCUUCCGGUAUUUUGUAGCUGAACUGGCAGCUAUGAACAUCAAAGUAAAACUGGACAUCGUUUAACUGGAUGCUGGCGUUUUGGGUCAGGAUUGCUAUCAGAUUAAAGUAGAAUGUGACUUUAGUUCAGUGGGGCUGUUAAUAAGUUACUCUGGAGUUUUUCCAAGGUGGAUAGAGCUCUCAGCCAAGACCUGGAGACGACGAAUCAGGGUUUCUGAGUCGCUUGGGUAUAAUAACUACUGAAGAUGAUUUUCAGUGUAUUUGUUAAAAAAUUCUGUGUCUUUAAAAACAAUACACUGAUAAAUAGAGGGAUAUUCAGGGAAAACUUUCCAACCCCAGGUUCUUUGUAUCCAGCCUUCAGGAUGCAGUGAUUGUCAAACAUUUGUGUCCAUGUAAAGCAGAGCAGUCCAAUGUGAAUACAAUAUAAGCCAUAUAUGUAGUUUUAUAUUUUCUUAUAUCCACAUUAAAGUAAAAACAAAAGGCAGAAAUAUUUUUAACAGCUUUCUUUAAGUGUAAUUGUUACACAAAAAUGCACAUAUUUAAUGUAUAUAACUGGGUGGGACUGAACGUACGCGUAUGGCUGUGAAUGAUCCCAGUCAUGGUAAUAAAUGUCACCUCCCGUAGUUUCCUUGUGCCUCUUCAGAUUGUUUUUUGGCUUUUUUGUUAAGAACACUCAUCUUGUAUCAGUGGAACUUUAUACCCUUUAAAAUAGCAACUCCCCAGCUCCCUCUCCCUUCAGCUCCCUUCAAAGAUAACCACCAUUCUGUCUCUCUCAGUUUAUUUUAGAUGCCGCAUAAGGGGGAGUUCAUACAGUGUAUAUCCUUCUGGAACUGGCUUAUUUUACUUAGCAGCAUAUCCUCCAGGCUCAUCCAUGUUGUUGCAUAUGGUCUCCUGUUGAUGGACAUUUGCAUCGUUCCUUUUUUGGCAACAGAUAAACUUGUAUACAUUUGUACAAAUAAGAUGCUUUUUUUUUUUUAGUGAUUAAGCGACUGAUUUGCAACUUUUAUUAAAAUAAACUUCCUCUAUAAAAACAAUUAAUUUAUAACUUGAUCUCAACUCAAGUUUUGACAGCAGUUGAAGUCUUACAUUUAAAAAAAAAAAAGCAUGCUGCUGGGAGUCAGAGGCCAGGGGUAGCCUCUGUAGUACAAAAGCAAUACUGUGUUCCUAUUCCAGUCUUUAAUGUCCAAGGUGAACAAAAAAGAGCAGUUAGUUUGUCUUUCACUGUUGACCGUUGGUCUUAAUAAUAAAUGCAGCAUAUAAUAAAAAAAACUGCAUAAAUUUCAACUAAAGAACAAAAAAACACUGGGAUAUAAUUUUAUACUUUAAAAAUUCUACCAACUUUAACAAAGAAUGACUGCAUAUUCAUUUACAUCAGUCCUCUGGUCCAGAAUACACUUUCCAUUUAAAAUACGUUACUCACUCUUCUGUGCAACACGGAUGGCUUCUAGCAGGAAUCAGCAUAUAGUCCGUUCUUGGUGAAGACAACAUUAGACAGAUGUGUUGCCUGACGCUGGCUAAUGCUGAAUGGACAAAAGCAGCGAGACAUAUUAAGGUGUUUCUCCCUUUCUUGAACUGUCAGGUCAGUGAUAAAGCAAUGAAGUCCAUAAUAUAAUAGGGUAUCUGCUAACAUAAGGUUAUAUCCUGUGAGGGAGACUUUUGUCUUCAAGAUAAAGUGUUAAGAUCCUGGCGCUUGCUCUGAGCACUGUUAUUUGCCUUUACUCAGCCCCAGACUUCUCCAGCAGCGUCAACACAGUGGCCGCCACCAUCGUCCUAAGAGGCUUCUUAAUGUUAAUUUUAUUAAGAGAAUUCUUUCUCGAGUCUGUCUAAUUAUAAGACAGAUAGGGCUAGACA